AUGAAAGGCCAGUCUGCUAGUGAGCCAUCCAGACCAAGUUUUGGCCUGGCUGACUAUGCAGUCUUUGCUGCCAUGUUAUUGGUUUCUAUGGCGAUAGGACUUUUCCAUGCCCUGAAGAAAAGGAAGAGGGAAGCGACUGCUGACGACUUCUUCACUGGGGGCCGGAGCAUGCCAGCAAUUCCUGUUGGCUUGUCACUCUGUGCCAGCUUCAUGUCAGCAGUCCAGGUUCUGGGUGUUCCUGCUGAAGGUUUUCGCUAUGGCUUCAAAUUCCUCUACAUGUGCCUCGGACAAAGCAUCAACUCCCUGCUGACAGCUUACCUGUUCCUGCCGGUUUUCUUUCGACUGGGCAUCACCAGCACCAAUCAGUAUCUGAGGAUGAGAUUUGGCAGAGGGAUGCAGCUGCUGGGGAGCAUUCAGUUUCUCGUUGCCACGCUGCUUUACACAGGGAUUGUCAUCUACGCGCCAGCUUUAAUUCUGAAUCAAGCUACUGGACUCAACAUAUGGGCAUCCCUAUUUUCUACUGGGCUCAUCUGCACCUUGUACACCACACUGGGUGGAAUAAAAGCUGUGGUCUGGACUGAUGUAUUCCAGAUCAUUGUCAUGUUGUUGGGCUUUGUGGCUAUUUACAUCCAUGGCACAGUUCUGGUUGGUGGUCCGGCACAAGUACUGAGGAUUGCAAACAAUGGAUCACGCAUUAAUUUUAAUGAUUUUAGCUUUGACCCACGGCAUCGCUACACAUUCUGGAGCCUCUCUGUUGGGGGUGCAUUGGUUUGGCUGUCCAUGUACGGAGUGAACCAAGCACAAGUCCAGCGAUACAUCUCCUGUCGAUCAGAGAGAGCGGCCCAGUGGGCACUGUUUGUGAACCAAGUGGGUCUGUGCCUCAUUGUGAGCAGUGCAGCAAUCUGCGGCAUCGUCAUGUUUGCUUUUUACAACACGUGUGAUCCACUGAAGUCUGGGAGGAUUUCUAAACCUGACCUGCUUAUGCCGUACUUUGUGCUGGACAUAUUCCAAAAUUACCCGGGCUUCCCAGGUCUUUUCCUUGCCUGUGCAUACAGCGGGACUUUGAGUACGGCUUCCACAAGCAUCAAUGCCAUGGCUGCGGUGACGAUGGAGGAUAUCCUGCACCCCUAUCUGCUUCACAUGACACAGAAGAAACUGAUGCUGAUUUCCAGAGGACUGUCACUCCUGUAUGGCGGUGGUUGUAUCACGGUGGCUGCGCUCUCCUCCCUAGUGAACUGGGGAGUUCUUCAGGGAUCAUUUACUGUCAUGGGUGUGGUCAGCGGCCCAUUACUUGGAGUGUUCAUUUUGGGAAUAUUUUUCCCAGCAGCAAACAGACUGGGGGCAUUCACAGGGAUAUUAGCUGGCUUCUGUGUCUCUAUGUGGCUAGCUGUAGGUUCAACUCUGUAUCCACCCAGUGAGGAGACCAUGGGUGUCCUGCCCAGCUUAGCAGGUGCCUGUGAAUCCAUAAACACCACCCAGAGCAGCAUACCUAUCGAGGACCAGCACUCUGUCUCCACCCGGCUUCGCCCCAAUAACCAGGGGGGCCUGUUAAACUUCUACUCCAUGUCCUACCUCUACUUUGGCGCCAUGGCAACUAGUUCAGUUGUACUUGUCGGUGUAAUUGUGAGCUACGCAACAGGCCCAACAAAGAGGGAGAACAUUAAAGAAGGUUUGUUAUGGUGGGACCUGAAAAAGAAGAAAGUGGAGGGUUCCCCUAAAAACAGAGAGGGAGACAAAGUGUCAGAAGAACUACAGUGUGUGUCUUUGAUGAAAAUGGACAAGCAGGACGAAUGA